AUGGAAAUGGCCUUUGGAGUUGGAAAAUUCGGGAUGACUCCGUGGCUGCUCUUCAGCUGCUCGGUCAUCUCGAUGGGGGCCAUCUUCUGGGGAUAUGACAUUGGCAUCCUGAGCACAAUCUACGUUUCCCCAGGGUUCAAAAAGGCGCUUGACAAUCCCUCCUCGAGCGACAAGGGCCUCAUCACUGCCAUCUUCUACGCCGGACAAUUCAUUGGAUUUGCAUUUCUCGCCGGGCCGACCAACAAUCGGUUUGGACGCCGCUGGGCUGGAUUCAUCGGCGUCGUUGUUCUCUGCAUCGGAGCCGUGUUCCAAACCGCAGCAACCCACCUUGCGAUGAUGGUCGUUGGCCGGAUCAUUGCAGGUCUGGGAACCGGUGUCGUUUCUACCUCUGUGCCUUUGUAUCUCAGUGAAGUCGCCCCGGCGCAGCACAGAGGUCUGUACGUUGCCGGUAAUCAGGUCGGCAUCGUCUUUGGCAUUUCAAUGGCUUUCUGGGUCGGAUAUGGAUAUUCUUUCUGGGAUUAUGGCAAUGGCAUCAACCUAGAGUGGCGUCUUUCAGUGGCUAUGCAAUACGUUCCCGCCUUGCUAUUCCUCGCCGGAGUGCCGUUGUUGCCCGAAAGCCCUCGAUGGCUUCUGGAGCAUGAUCGCACAGAAGAUGCCGCAGUCUCCCUGGCCAAACUGCGAGGAGCGUCCAACAUUGCUGACAUACAGGUCGAGCUGGACGAAAUCCACGCCAACAUUCUCUGGCACAAAAAGAACUCAAUCACCUCUGCCAUGGUUUUCAUCAAGGAAAAGCCUCUGUGGUCCCGCCUCUGGCGAGCCUGGGCCCUGUCGUUCCUCCAGCAGAUGAGCGGCGCCGCUGGAAUCAGAUACUAUCUUCCCACCAACUUCAUCGCUGCGGGCACGUCGGAGAGCUUGAGCUUGCUGGCGUCGGGAAUUGACGGCACGGUCCAGGUUGGGUGCACUAUCGCUGCCAUGUUCUUCAUCGAUAAGCUUGGACGCAGACAUUCGCUGGGUAUUGGUGCUAUCAUCAUGGCAUUCUGUCUGAUGAUCAACGGCGCUUUGCAACUCGCGUACCCCAAUCAGACCAACAGUCACGCAAACUACUGCAACAUAUUUUUCAUAUUCUUCUUCACAGUCGGAUACAGCAUGGGAUUUGGCCCUUGUGCCUGGAUUUACUCUUCUGAGAUUUUUCCAGCAAACUGCCGUUCCAAGGGGCUUGGCCUUUCUGCCUCCGGUGCUUCUCUUGGUUCCAUCAUCGUUGGCCAGGUCUGGCCUAUCGCUGUAGCUAAUAUCGGGCCACGCGUUUACUUCAUCUUCAUGUCGUUCAAUGUCUUUGCCGCUAUCUUGGUGUACUCCUGCUACCCAGAGACCAAGAGAAAGACUCUCGAGGAGCUUGACUCGCACUUUGGGAAGCUUAAUGUUCACUCGGAGACUGAAGCUACCCCGAAGCAGAUGUUGGGUGAGGGCCAUGAGCAUCUUGAGGAGACUGGCUCGAAGGCAUAA